AUGUCUUCGUCUGCUAUGGAAAAGCAUUUGUUUAAUUUAAAAUUUGCUGUAAAAGAGCUAGAGCGAAAUUCAAAGAAAUGCGAAAAAGAGGAGAAAAUUGAAAAGGAGAAGGCGAAAAAGGCUAUACAAAAGGGAAACAUGGAAGGAGCAAGGAUACAUGCAGAAAACGCCAUAAGACAAAAGAAUCAGGCUCUAAAUUAUCUCCGCAUGUCUGCUAGAGUUGAUGCUGUGUCAAGCAGAGUUCAGACGGCACUUACAACUAGGAAGGUUACAACGUCAAUGGCAGGUGUGGUCAAAGCUAUGGAUGCAGCAAUGAAAUCUAUGAACUUAGAAAAGAUUUCUAACCUAAUGGAUAAAUUUGAGAGCCAGUUUGAGGACCUAGAUGUACAAUCUUCAUACAUGGAAAAUGCAAUGUCGCAAACAACUACCACUACUGUUCCACAGGGCGAUGUUGACACAUUGUUGCAGCAGGUAGCGGAUGAAGCUGGUUUGGAACUGAAUAUGGAAUUGCCAUCGGGUAUACCAAGCACCUCUAUUGGAACAGCUACUGUUGUCUCACAAGAACAAGACGAGCUUACACAGAGACUCGCUAGGUUAAGGCAAGCUGAAUAA